AUGAGGAUCCUGCUGAUAGUCAUCAUCCUCUCCUUCAUGACAGGUUGUUUGAGCUCCUUCAAAGUGACAGGAUACUCUGGAGGAACUGUCAUCAUCGACUGUGAUUAUUACAUAUUAGACAGAAGUCAUGACAAAUAUUUUUGCGUGGGGCAGAACAGUUGGAGUUGUAAGGAUCAAAUCAGAACUGGAUUGAAGAACACCUGGUUCCACAGUGGUAGAUUCUCUCUGUAUGACAUCACUGGAAGAAAAUACUUCAAGGUGAUCAUCAGACAACUGACCAGUCAAGAUGAAGGGACCUACUGGUGUGGAGUGGACAAACCUGCUUCACCUGACAGUUAUACCAAGGUAGAGCUGGAUGUGAAGGAGGAUGACUGCUGUGAGAAGUCAGUCACAGAGACGGCCUUUCUGGGAGGAGAAGCUACCAUCAUAUGCAACUAUCCAGAGGACCAUGAGUACAGCAUCAAGUAUUUCUGCAAGGAAAGCAAUGACCUCAAGUCUUGUGUUUAUAUGAUCGCUGCUCACCAGACAACUGCAGAAGCUGGUCGUUUCUCUGUGUCUGACAACAGAAGAGAGAGAUUCUCCACAGUGACCAUCAGGGACCUGACUGAAGAUGAUACUGGGACCUACUGGUGUGGAGUCGUAGCUAGUUACAUUUCACUGAUUACACAGGUACAACUGCAUGUUACUGAUUGGAGGGACGUCAAACCAAUCAAUGUGACUGGACAGGUGGGGGUGACUGCCAGGCUUACUUGGAAAUAUCCAGACGACCAUAAGAGUAAUGAAAAGUUCUUCUGUAAAGGGGACAGUCCUUUAAUCUGUGCAGAUAAAGUAAGAACUAUUGUACAAAAGGAAGUUGUGUUUAAAGGCAGGUUUUCCCUGAGGGAUAACCCCAGAACAUCAGUCUUCACAGUGCACAUCAAAGAGCUGAGAACAGAGGAUUCUGGGACAUACUGGUGUGGAUCUGAUAGAAGAUGGAGAUCUGCAGACUACACUAGAUUUAUCCUCUCUGUGGUGGCACCAACCAUCACUACAACAACAACAACAACAACAACAACAACAACAACAACAACAACAACAACAACAACUACAGCCACCUUCAUCUCACCAUCAUCAUCAAUCAACAGAUCUGGUACCUCAGUGGUCAUCAUGGUGUCUGUUAGUCUGGUAGUGUUACUGCUGGUGAUCAGCCUGAUCAUAGUCUACAGGUGGAAAUACAACAAGGUCACAGGAUCUGUCUCUUCAACACACAGAGUGAGUCCAGACACAGGAAACAAUGAAGGGGGUUGUCAUGGUGAUGGUGACUAUGAAGAGAUAAAGGAGCGCCCCCUAAGGUCAGACUCAGACGCUGCGACCAACGACAUCUACGCCACCGCCAACUUACCCACAAGUCACUCUGACUCUCUCCACUACGCCAGCGUCAACUUCCACAAGAACCCCAGUGGCCCCAACGAAGCCACUGACACCAUCACUAAAGAGGGCAGCUGCCCCAAUGAAGCCACCACUGCCAUUGCUAAAGAGGGCACUUCAUCAUGUGACUAUGCUACUGUGAACUUUGGUCAAAGCCCCGCCUACUCUACUGUCAAUCAUCCACACAGCUGCUCUGAUGCACCUCCCAUCUACUCCACAAUCAGCAAACCCAGAGACACUUGAGUCACUGGCGACCAAUCACAAGAUACACACACUCACUGUCGACCAAUCACAAGAGACAUACACACACUGGAAACCAAUCAAAAGAGAGGGGACGGAGGAGAGAGAAUAGAGAAGAGCAGACGGAGGACUGACUUUUGCCCAAACGAAAAAGACCACAGAGACACUGGAAACCACUCACAAGGGCCAUACACACAUUGGCGACCAAUCAAAAGGGACAUAUGCUAACUAUAUACACUGACCUCUAUUUUUAGCUAAUCGCUCUCUCUCUAUAUCUCUCUAUAUCUAUAUCUCUCUCUAUAUAUCUAUAUUUCUCUCUCUACAUCUAAAUAUAUCUCUCUCUCUCUAUAUCUCUAUCUCUCUCUCUAUAUCUCUAUAUCUAUAUCUCUCUCUCUAUAACUAUAUCUCUCUCUCUAUAUCUAUAUAUCUAUAUCUCUCUCUAUAUAUCUAUAUCUCUCUCUCUAUAUCUAUAUAUCUAUAUCUCUCUCUAUAU